UGUAACUAACGUUAAAGCUAGCGCUCUCUGAUACAAGCACUUAUAUUAGCUACUACAACAGGAAAACUACGUGUAAUUUCUCAUUUUUGAGCUACUAAUCCCGGAAGUAACGUUAGUUACUAGCCGUCCCUCGCGUUAUGUGAAUAUGGGGUAGCUCAACUUAAACUAAUUGGCGUUAUCAUGUCAUUUUUGACAGGUUUUGCGAGAUAAGAUUAGCGCCCGUAGGUUAGCAUAACGUUAAUUUACGCGUAAAACAGGAUCAAGAGGAGGAAAGGUACAAGGUCGAGCAGUUGAAGUUGUGUUGCCGUUGCCGAUGGAAAGCUUGUCAAUGCUUUGGCUUCGUCUACCACUAAAGCAAAGAUACUUUCUCUUGCUGUGUUUUGCCGUCGGGGCGGUCGUUGCUUAUCGGUUAACAAGGUAAGAGAAACACUUAAAGGAAGACACAACAGGCAACCAGUCGUCAACUCUUAACACGAGUCAUGCAUGAGGACGAAUUAUCCGCCCACUGCGUUUUGGUCCAGCUCCUGCCUGGCUCCUGUCUUACACUUAAAUGUUUUUGCACUUGGUUUUUAUCACUGCCUGCAUUCAGGACUCAGCUCUGUUCUUAGGAAACCGAACUAGUUACCUGGCUCACCUGUUGGACUGUGGACAUUGAACAUUACCACACGCGAUAAGCUGCCACUGUGUUAGACCUCAGUUUGCCCGGUUUCGAGGUGUGUAUCAAGUGUAAGUCUAUUCAUCAGAGUGAGAUGGUGUGUCAUUGUGCAGAGAGGUGGAAGGGAGCUGUGUAACAGGAUAAACUGUUAAUUGACCAGGAACACGGUCUUGGCCUUAGUCCCAGGUUGUGCCUCUCCUGUUUUCAUUCCAAUGCAGCGAGAACACAUGUAGGGCACGCCUACCACAAGAGCUAGCUUUUACCACUCUCACUUCCUUGAAGGCACUGAACAGGAAUCGCCCUGAAGUGAGAAGAAUGAGUCGUGUGGAGGGCCUGAGGGCCAACGCGUCUCAGUUCACUCUGGAGAGAAAACCCUUCCGCAUCCUGGGAGGCUCCAUCCAUUACUUCCGUGUCCCCAGAGCCUACUGGGAGGACCGUCUGCUGAAGAUGAAGGCUUGUGGCUUUAAUACUCUCACGACGUAUGUGCCGUGGAACCUUCACGAGCCUGAGCGAGGGGUUUUUAAUUUUGAGGAUCAGCUGGAUUUAGAAGCCUACCUCCGCCUUGCAGCCAACCUGGGCCUCUGGGUGAUUCUACGUCCGGGACCAUACAUCUGUGCUGAGUGGGAUUUAGGGGGACUCCCCAGUUGGCUACUACGGGAUCCAAACAUGAAACUGAGAACAACCUACCCAGGAUUCACUGAUGCAGUCAACUCCUUUUUUAAUCAGCUCAUGAAAAAAGUUGUUCCACAUCAGUACUCAAAGGGUGGCCCAGUUAUUGCAGUUCAAGUGGAGAAUGAAUAUGGUUCCUAUGCCAAAGACAAAGAGUACAUGCCUUUUAUCAAGGAGGCGUUAUUGUCAAGGGGCGUCACAGAGCUGCUGCUGACCUCAGACAACAAGGAAGGACUAAAGCUUGGAGGAGUGAAAGGAGCACUAGAAACCAUCAAUUUCCAGAAACUGAACCUGAAUGACAUCAAGUAUCUGGAUGGAAUACAACCUCAGAAGCCCAAGAUGGUGAUGGAGUACUGGUCUGGUUGGUUUGAUCUCUGGGGGGAACUUCAUCAUGUGUACACAGCUGAGGACAUGAUGCCUGUGGUCACAGAGAUCCUUAAAAUGGACAUGUCCAUCAACCUCUACAUGUUCCACGGAGGGACAAAUUUUGGCUUCAUGAGUGGGGCGUUUGCCGUUGGAAUACCAGCACCUAAACCUAUGAUAACAAGCUAUGAUUACGAUGCUCCAUUAUCCGAGGCUGGGGAUUACACCACCAAGUACCAUCUUCUGAGGAAUUUAUUCAGCCUCUACCACACCCAGCCUCUCCCUGAGUUGCCGUCUCUUCAGGAGAGGAGAGCACACCAGCCUGUUGUCAUCCAGCAGCACCUGUCUCUGUGGGACAGUCUGCAUUUCACUGACAAGCCUUUGAAGUCAGUGAGGCCCGUGAACAUGGAGAAUCUCCCUGUCAACAAUAAUAAUGGUCAGUCGUACGGCUACACGCUCUAUGAGACCACCAUCACCAGUGCAGGAACCCUCGACUCGAAGAACAACAUCAGAGACAGAGCACUGGUUUUUGUGGACAAACAUUUUAUUGGUGUUCUGGAUUAUAACACGCAAGAACUCUCUAUCCCUGAUGGCAAGGGAAAAAGAACUCUAAGUUUAUUGGUAGAGAACUGUGGAAGAGUGAAUUAUGGGAAAACUCUGGAUGAGCAGCGCAAAGGUCUUGUUGGAGAUAUCGAGUUAAACAAGCACGUCCUCCGAGACUUCAUUAUUCAUAGUCUGGGUAUGAAGCCAGGCUUUGUAAACAGACUUGAGAGUUCAAACCACUGGAUGUCUAUGAGGCAGCGGCCCUCCUUCCCUGGUUUUUUCCAGGCCAGACUCUACGUGAAUGGUUCUCCUAAAGACACCUUUAUCAAACUCCCUGGCUGGGGCAAAGGUGUAGUGUUUGUCAACGGCAAGAAUCUGGGGCGCUACUGGUCCAUCGGUCCUCAGCAAACUCUCUAUGUCCCAGGCCCCUGGCUUCACAAGAGGGACAACCAGGUCAUAGUGUUUGAAGAGCAGGAAACAGAUGGCAAGAUUCAGUUUACCAGCAGCCCUGACUAUGGCAUGUCUGUUGAUGUCCAGUGAGGAGAGGAGGUGAGAGUUGAGUGUGGAUGAGAGGAGGAUGAUGGGAGAGCAGCUGGGGAGGACGUGACUGAGGCUUUCUCUGUGAGCUUUGUCUACGUGGGCGCCGACGCCUCGGCGCAACCAGCAGCACUCAAAAUUGCACACACGUCAGUGAACUUGACAUUUUGUGUCAUGUCAGAUCCCUCCAACACAGCAGCGAUCCAGACUGGUUUUUCAUUUAGUCAGUGUAUACAUGACGUUGUUUCGAAUCCUUUUUAUUCAUUUGAGUAACAAUGACAUUAACCUGCAAUCAGAAACUGCAUGACUAAAUCUUGAUUCGACACUUAAUAAAGUGUUAUAAAAUCU